AUGUUCAAAAUUCAUAAAACCCAUGCCAUGUCUGGAAGAGGUCGUCAGGUAGUGUACAAUGUGAGGAGGUUUAUUUCGGACAAGUUUGCUGGAAGGCCUCCAAUCGAAAGCAAGAAGUCAGCUCCAGUCUCCAGCAAUCUCCCAUGUAUCGUAAAAAAUGGCAUCACACCUCUUAACAUGCCCUACAUUGGAAUCAAUCGUAUCCGAAACCCGAUAACCAUCCCUACGAUAAUGUCUUCCUUCUUCAAUAAGACUUUCAACGACCUGGCUAGAGAGCUGCUCCUCAUUGAACCGAUAAAAAGUGCAGAGCCAGUUGCGGUAGGAAGCAAACAACCCUUCAACACCGCUGCGGAAUUCACGGACAAGGGAAUGACGCUAUCGAAAUGAAAGGCUUUAAAGAGGAAGACAUAAACGUCCGGGUGGAAGGGCCCUGGCUGGUGGUGGAAGGGCAGAGCUCCGUGACGGUUCCGGAGGUGGAAGGAGGCGGGCUCCACGUGCGCCACGUCAUUCGGAGGUACGAGGUGCCCCCCAAUUCUGACGUGGCCAACAUCAAAUCUGCAUUCAAAGCGGAAACCCUUACCAUUACUGUACCUACUCUUAUACCUAAAAUUACAAAGGAGUAAAUAAAUGUAUAUUACACCAGAAAAUUUACAUAUGAAUGCGACCAGUAAUGCCAAUAAAAACAU